UCGGCCCUGGGAGCAGCUCUCCAGCUACGGCCCUUCAGCCCCUGAAAAUGUAUGCUUGCGCCAAGGUCAUCUCCACCUCCUCCUUGAUCAGGAGAACCUCUCCACUAUUGAACCGAUCACUGUCUGCAGUGGUGCUGAAAUGACCGACACUGACAGAUGAGAGCCACAGCAGCUUGGCAGCCCCACGUCCCCUGACCACCCCACUUAUUCCUAGCCGCAGUUUCCAAACCAGUGCCAUUUCAAGGGACAUUGACAUAGCUGCCAAGUUCAUUGGAGCUGGGGCUGCCACAGUUGGGGUGGCUGGCUCUGAGGCUGGAAUUGGGACUGUGUUUGGGAGCCUCAUCAUUGGUUAUGCCAGGAACCCUUCUCUGAAGCAACAGCUAUUCUCCUACGCCAUUCUGGGCUUUGCCCUCUCAGAAGCCAUGGGACUCUUUUGCCUGAUGAUGGCCUUUCUCAACCUCUUUGCCUUGUGAAGGAGCCGUUUCCACCUCUCAUAGUUUUUUCUCCCAUGUCUUGUCUGCCCUGUAUGUUCCUUUUCCUGUACCUCCCCAAGCAGCCUGGGGAAAGGGGUUGGCUCAGUGUUUGAAGGAAGGA